AUGCCUGAAAGCAGCGGUCGGAAAAACAUGAAAAAUUAUUUCUUCAUGCUUACCGAAAUGACGCGGUUGAUGCUUCUGCAAAUCUCAACUCACCUCUCAAAUGAUUUCUUAAGUUCACGACUUCUGAAAGUGAAAAGGGCACAGAACGGUACUAGAGCUGCAGUGUUCAUAUCUUACGUGCGGACACUGAUAGAUCUCGGUGUUACUAUCAACCGACUCACACUUCUUGAUAAGCGUAAGGUAUCCCCUUACAUGAUGGUAAUGUGUCAAAGCAAGCGCAGGUCCAUCUACAUGUAUCCUGAAUUCAAGCGUUGUCGGGAACUGUUCGUGUGUUACGAUAUAGGACUGAUUGCUCCUAUUUUCGCUCACGAGGACGACAGAUUCACAUCGUUGCGGGUGUUUGAGGUGGAUGAAUCACAUGUGCUUUACAAGAGGGAUCUGCUAGAAUAUUUGAGUAAUGCUCCUAAUCUGUGCGAGAUGCGCGUCGUUGUGCCCGCGACUUGGUCUCGUAGAGUUAGCACCUGCACCAAAGGGUGCUUCACGAACCCGGACUUCGCUUGCUUCAGUAAUCUCAACGUUCAGCAAGCAAACGUGUAUUCUAGACUUUGUAGUGUGGGUUGGGAGCUUCUUACCAGUGGCAGACCGGUAGGAAGGGGAGGAAGGAAUUACCUUUGAAA